UUUCUUUCUCUAGUUUCUGCUUACAUAUUUUGGAAGAAACGAUAUCAGCGAACUAAUUGAAGAGGCAGUCUUAGAAGCAGAUAAGAAAGGAGCUAAGGUUUUGAGUUUAGGUCUUCUGAAUCAGAAAGAAGAACUUAACAUGAAUGGGGAGUUGUACAUCCAAUGGAUACCUCAGCUUAGAAUAAAGAUUGUUGAUGGAAGCAGCUUGGUGGCAGCUGCUGUGAUUCACAGCAUUCCAAAGGAAACAGCACGAGUGAUCUUCAGAGGAAAGCUGUCCAAGGUUGCUCAUAACGUAUUGUCAGCGUUAUGUCAAAAGGGUAUUCAGGUUAUUACAUUACAUGAGGAUGAAUAUAUGAAGUUAAAGCAAAAUGAAAAGUUGCUGGGAACUGACGUGGUUCUUUCAGAAAGUUACAGUCAAAAGAUAUGGCUAGUGGGAGAUGGACUGACUGAGAAAGAGCAGUUGAAAGCAUCGAAAGGAACAAUUUUCAUCCCAAUUUCGCUUUUCCCACCAAGAAAAGUGCGCCCAGACUGCUAUUAUCACACUACACCAGCCAUGAUGGCUCCAAAAUCUCUUGAAAACCUUAACUCUUGUCAGAAUUGGCUGGGAAGAAGGGUGAUGAGUGCUGUGCGUGUGGCUGGAAUUGUUCAUGCUUUGGAAGGAUGGGAUGUUCAUGAGUGUGGCAACUCUGUCUUCAGCAUUGAUAAAGUUUGGGAAGCUGCUCUUCACCAUGGAUUUCGUCCUUUGGCAGUUCCUACCUAAUCAAAAGACUUUGGUGGCCUAUGCUAUCUAGCAUGAUUAUUCUGCCAUAUGCAACAAGCAUUCCCGAGCAUGAAAAUUAUAAUAUUUGCUCAGUUUAUACUUUAUUGUAUUUCUAUUACUAAAGCAUUAUAAUCAUGCUUAUUUUACAAAUAAAAAUUCCCCUGUUUG